AUGGUAUUCGGUUCCCCGGAGAACUUCAGCACAAUUUUGCAGAUCGUUGCAUCAGAACGCCUCGGGGCAAAGGAGCCAGCAGACUGGAUGCAAGUCCAUAUGUUCAGUGACAGGGAUUGGACGUUCAGGACAACAGCAGGACUGAAAAUAGGUCUGUCCUGGAACGUAGGAACUUUGAAGCUGUACGACGUGAUCAAAGUGACCACAUACAGGCAAUGGGUACCUCGGGGUUCGAACAAGAGUUAUAUCGUGGUGCAAGACUAUGCCAAGAUGGGCUCGGCUGGCACAUUGUUGAAAAAGCCGAGCAUGGACGUUACACCUGAUGUCAACCACGGAGCACUCGGUAGUCAGGCCCACUGGGCACAAGCUGCACCCGGCCAGUACCACCCGCCUGAACAAGAACAUGUGAGAGCCAGCAAGAGAUGGCUGGACGUCAGGGAUGUGCUGUUUGCCAUUGACGUGAGGGUGUGGGAAGUCAAGGAGGAGAAACAGGCGACAGACGGGAAAUGGAAGAGGUCACGGGUAUUGGCGAUCUUGCUUGAUCUGACGGCAGAAAUUUUGAUUAUUGCAUUCGGUGCUCAGACGUUUCGCAUACACAUACAAAUUGAGUGCACACAUGUUCAAGAGGCAGCAGAAGGAUUCCGGCAGGUCCCGCAUAAGUUCCAACUCAUCCUGGAGGAGCAUGCUGUGAUCAUGGAGAUCCAUGACCCUAGCAUCCCACGCAUUUUUCUCACCUUCCGAUGCCUCAACACUAUUGAGAGGUUGCGGGUGUAUGAGAUCAUUGAUGUUCUUGCUGUUGUGGUUUGCGUUGGUCGGGUCAUGAAAGGAGGUCCUGCGAAAACUGGGCGUGUGGAGCAAGGUUUGCAGGUCACCUACACAAGCCACCGGGAUGUAUGGCUGGUGGACAACUCGAAGGUUGCAAUCAGGCUCUGCAUGUUUGACCUGUUCCAGAACAUCUUCAAACAAGCUGAGAACAAGGUGAUCGGAAUCAAGAGUGUCGUUGUCGACAUGCUGGAUAGGCCUUGCUUGAAGACGCAGAAGGGAUGCACGCAGUUCGUUUUUCAAGACGGGAAUCCAGGGUACGAAAGGCUCAUGGAAUGGUACAAAGACGCUGACCCAAAGGAAUGGCGAACAAUCACUGGGUCAUUCUCAGCAGAUGGGUUUCCCAAAAGUGACAUCACGAUACCCAAUGAGACCAUCAUGAUCAAAGUGGCGCAAGAUGCCAAGCUUGGGCUGACGUCAAAGAAGACAUUCAAGGUUAUCACAAAGGUACUCGUAAAGAACUACAAGGAUUACUUAUACAAGGGUUGUCUGUAUGAAGACUGCAAUAAGAAAACUCCAACUCAGAAGAUUGGCAAUGUGUUUGUUUGCCCUAUGUGUGACACACCAUGCAUUGCGCCAGGAAUCAAGUAA